GCCAGCUGUUUGUUUUGCCUCCGGUCGGAGUGUUUAUUUAUUAUAUUUAAUUCUAGAUCAGAAAGAAAAUACCUCAUGUUCAUUAUCCGGGAAUCUAUUUUUGUACAAGGAUGAAUCACCUGUGUGCUAUAUGUCUAAAUUAGACAAAGAUCCUAAAUAUGCCGGUAACUAUUCGAAGGUGGCACCACAAGUUGUUCUAUCGAACCAUUCCUAGGUUUCUUAUCGGCAUUAUUUUUAUCUACAUCUAUUGUGAAUACCUUAUCUACUAUGUGACUCAAAUUCAGUGUGGCUGGCCAGCACUCAGCAAAUCGCCGCCAGAUGAUGUAGAGCCUUUGUAUGUCAUGGUGUUGGCUGACACUCAUCUGUUGGGCUCCCGUAAUGGCCAUUGGCUGGACAAGUGGCGAAGAGAGUACCAAAUGCACCGUGCCUUUCAAACUGCUAUGACUUUACACAGACCCGAAGCUGUAUUUGUUUUAGGUGACUUAUUUGAUGAAGGCAAAUGGUGUUCCCAGCGAGAAUUUAAGGAUUAUGUAGAAAGAUUCCAUAAACUUUUUAAGGUUCCAGAUGGAACUACCAUGUAUGCCGUUGUUGGCAAUCAUGACAUUGGAUUUCAUUAUAGGAUAACACCGCACCUCGCCCACCGAUUUGAAAGCAAGUUGGACGCGCCUCCAGUCCGCCUGGUGACGCUAAAGGGGAACCAUUUUGUGCUCAUCAACUCCAUGGCCAUGGAAGGCGACGGUUGCACUCUCUGCUCCCGCGCAGUUAGCGAGAUCGACAGGAUUUCAGAUAUCAUGAAGUGUAGCAGUGGUUCUGCUCUUUGUAAGGGAAAAACAAGAUUGGAGAAGUAUAGCAGACCGAUUUUGAUGCAGCACUAUCCCCUAUACAGAGAGUCGGAUAGCAUUUGCACGGAGCCGGACGCAGCGCCUUUACCAGAGCGCAACAACUUGUUCGAGGAACGCUGGGACUGCCUCUCCAAAGAGUCUACUGAGUACCUUGUGGAAAGCCUCCGCCCGCGAGCGGCUUUCGGUGCGCAUACGCAUCACAGCUGCGUAGUGAGGCACAGUUUUGUGCCCACCCCUGACCAUAAGAUCGAGUUUGUGGAGUACACAGUGCCGUCCUUUUCGUGGAGGAAUCGAUUGGACCCUAAGUAUUAUUUGCUUACCAUAACGCCAGAAGAAGUGAGGGUUUCCAAAUGCGGCAUGCCGCGGGAGUGGACUAUGCAGGUCACGGCGAUACUAAUGACCAUGGCUCUUGUCAUCUACCUGAGAUAUUUCAACUCUACCGCCCACUAUUUUAAUUACAAGCAAUUAUCGGGGAAGAAAGUUUAACAUUGACACAAGUGAUGUUCAUCAUUCCAACUUCCAUAUCGUGGUUAGUGAAUACCUAAUUUAUUUUUGUUAAAUUUUAAUUAAACUGUCAA